AUGCGGGAGACGCAAUUGCGCAAGCGAUGUGAAUUAAUUUUGAAAAACGUGUUACAGCCUUCCUUUCGUUUUCUAGAACCAAAUAUUUCUUUAAUUCUCGACUAAUAUUUGAAUAUUGUUUAAAAUUGGGUUAUCUGUUAUGCAUUUUUUGAGAAAUCUGUCGAAUAUGUCUGUUAAAGAAUGUCGCAUGUUAUGAUGUAGUGGACUAGAAUUCGGAUAAGCAUUUGAGGCGAAUUUAGCUGUCUUAUCGAAUUAAAAUGGAAACCAAAAGCACAUUUGAAGCAGUUCUUUGCAAGUUUAAAAAGGGAUCAAGAAAAGACUAUGAUGGUUUCAUUUGUAAACUCGCCAAUCCUUCUAUAUCGGAUGGGGUGUUAGUGAAAUAUUUAAAAUCAAUGAAGGAUUGUGCUACACUACUGGACAAGGAUCAUGAGAUGUUGAUUGGAGUACUUCUAAAAUUAGACUGGAUGAAUCGUUCCAGUGGUGUUGUACAGAUCUACCAGUCGACCAUAUUAAAUAUUGUAUCAGUACAUACAGUGUAUCUGAAGGCAUGUUUGAGAGCUCUGGUGAAAAACUUUAUGCCAGUAAUAAAGCCUGUAGAAAACAAGGAAUCAACAGAGAGUUUAGUAACAGAUGAUAUGAUGGCCGCACACAAUCAAGGUUUUAUACAUGUUCACACCUUGAUCAAAACUAUUAUGAAGAUUGUGCCAAUGUCGUCACAGCUGAUCAUGCCUAUGUUGAUAGAGAAUUUCCCAUACUACAUAAAGGAUGUGUAUAUACAGGAAUGUUUCAUGAAGAACUUACUUCAGAUAACUUACUACAAGACAGAUCUUAGACAGUCUAUACUUGAACUUCUUAUUGAAAAAAUCAUUAAAUUUGAUACACAGGCACCAAGAACAGCUUUACUAGAGAUGACUUCACAAGAUAAUAGUCAGGAAAGUGGGAUCUUUAAUAUGGAAGGAGAUGUAGACCCUGUGGUAGAAAGCAGCGAGAAAUUAGAUGUUUUGAUGGUUCAUCUGUUUGAGUAUAUACAGGCUGUAUGCUAUAAGAAUGGAGAGUUAGAGUGGGAAGACACUAAGAGAUUUUAUAGAGAGACAUUGUAUGUGUUUGAGAAGGUGAUAUUACCAACAUAUGCUUGCUGUCAUAUACAGUUUAUCAUGUUUUACCUAGUCAGCUUCAAAAUGCAAUUAUGUGAUGGGUUUUUAGACUACUUGUGGAAACUGGUUCAGAAUCCUAAUGUACAGUCAGUAUACAGACAGUCUGCUGUCUCCUAUAUGGCGAGUUUAUUAGCGAGGGCAAAAUUUAUAAAUAUCAGGACGGUGAUGAGAUGUGUAGAGUUAAUGAUGACAUGGUGUCACACAUACACAAACACAUGUCAGGACUGUGUGAUGGCAGAUGUAGUUCAUCAUGGUCCCUUCUACUCAGUCUGUCAGUCUAUCUUCUAUGUGUUUGCUUUCAGACAAAAAGAAAUCUUUGAAACCAAAGCAGGGUUAAAGUGGGCACAGAGUUUACAGAUUCAGCACUUAAUUCAAAGUCGUUUGAAUCCAUUAAAAAUUUGUUUACCUCUCAUUGUAAAAACAUUUGCAUCAAUAACCAGACAACAUCAAUUAGCAUUUUGUGAUCACAUAAUUCAACAAAACAACAGAUCAUUUCUACCAGUUGACAGCAAAGGUUACCAAAAAUUUGAAACAUACUUCCCAUUUGACCCAUAUUUAUUAAAAAAGUCUAUGAAGUAUAUAGAGCCACAUUACCGGGAAUAUGAUCAAAGUCUACCUGUAGAUGAUGACUCGUCAGGGGAGGAAGAUGAUGAUGAAAUGUUUACAGAAGACACUCGUUGUUCAGCACCAGUCGACAUGGAGACCAUGUCCUCCAGUCUUGUAGAUAAAACUGACCUUAUGAGUUACGGCACUUCGCCAGGAUUCAAACAUAUAUUUUAAACAAGAACUUGUACAUGUGCCAAAUCAGAUGAUCUAUUUUGGUUUUGUCUUCAUUCUAUUUAUAGAUUAUGUCAACUUGAUAUUAAAACUUAUAGUGUGUAAUAUUUUAAUUGAAACAUGAAUUAUUUUUGACAUUUUGGAAAAAAAUUGAAAUGAUGGUGUUUGAAACAAGAGAUAUGUCAAAUAUAAGUAAUUGGGCAAUUUUUUUUUUAUAAAGGUUUAUAUUUAAGACAAUUAACAAUAGGUUGUUAUAUCUGUUUAUUAUGAUUAUAAUGUAUAUUUAUUCUAUUGACCUAUUCAGUGUUCAUGAUUUUUACAUUUGGUGUUCAGAACAUUAAAAUGAAUUUAAAUUCUAGUAGCACUAUGAAAUACUAGAUUCUUAGGCAAGUCCUUAAAUUUCAGUUAUAGAAAUAUUAUACUGUAUAUACUGAUUCCCAUCAGAAAUGUUAUGUAAAUUCAGGGGUAGAAACAUGUUUAUUAUUUGUAGAAGCAAUUAGUGAAUCAGAUGAAUUGUGCUAUAUGUGCUAUAUGUUAUGUCUUGUAUUGUGUGUGUUCCUGAUAUUUGAAAUACUGUUGUUAAACAAGCCAGAAUUUUAUUAUAGUUGGGUAAAACGUUAUUGUUACUAUUUAUUUGUUAAUGCAUGUAGUAACAGCCAGGCAUUACCAGGGACUUUAGACGAAGCUAUCCAGGAAACUUCAAUGUAUAUGGAGGAUCAUAACAAAUUCAGGAGGUCAAAUUUCACAACAUUUGAUUUCAUGACCCUUUUUUGAACUUUUCUACUUUUGUUUGUUUUUGCACCAACACAACUUGUAAAUGUUUGUGUUUAUUUACCUUAAAUCACAGAUGUUUAUAUAAUGUCAUUGCAUGAUAUUUUCUUAUAUUUGUAUAAUUUAUGUGAAAACCAUGCAUGAUCUUGUUGAGUUUUGAAAUAAAGAUUUUUUAAAAUAAG